CUGGGGCCGCCUCCAUCCCCCGAGCGGCGCCGGCAGCGAUCGGGCGGUGCUCGCGGUGCUCGCGGUGCGAUGGACGCUGAGCCGCCCCCCGCCGCACAGGCUCCAGAGUUCUGAGACUCUUCCAGUGUAUGACAACGGUACGUGCGGUGUGAUAGAAGGGUUUUAACGCCGUCUGUCCGUCCCUGAGGGACAUGAAUUUGAUUGACAUCCUUUGGAGGCAAGAUAUAGACCUUGGGGCAAGGCGUGAAGUUUUUGAUUUUAGUCAACGACAGAAGGAGUAUGAACUUGAGAAACAGAAGAAACUUGAAAAGGAAAGACAAGAGCAGCUCCAAAAAGAGCAGGAGAAAGCCUUGCUGGCUCAGCUGGAGUUAGACGAAGAGACAGGUGAAUUUAUUCCUGUUCAGCCAGCUCAGCACAUUCAGUUGGAAAAUACCAAGCCACAAAUCAGUUUUUCCGAGACCACACAGACUUCAAAACCAGAAGCAGAGGCCUUGUCUUUUGAUGACUGCAUGCAGCUCUUGGCAGAAGCAUUCCCAUUUGUAGAGGACAAUGAGGCUUUUUCAGCUGCAUUUCAGGCACUGGUUCCUGCUCAGAUCGAUAGCAACCCAGUCUUCAUUUCCUCUGAUCAAACUCAGCCACCUGAAUCACCUGUUCUAGUUCCAUUUACUGAUGCAGAGAACAUGCAGAACAUAGAGCAAGUUUGGGAAGAAUUAUUGUCCCUUCCAGAGUUACAGUGUCUUAACAUUGAAAACGAUAACCUGGCUGAGGUAAGCACGGUCACAGGCCCUGAAACCAAGCCAACAGAGAUGCAUGACAGCUAUAAUUACUACAGCUCAUUACCCAUCACAAGAAAGGAUGUCAACUGCAGUCCAGAUUUCCUGGAUAGUAUUGAGGGCCCCUUUUCCAGCAUUUUGCCGCCAGAAGACACCAGUCAGAUGAGUGUGAAUUCUUUAAACGACACACCCACUUCAAACUCUGAUUUCUGUGAGGAUUUCUACGCUGCCUUUAUUGACACAAAGGCGGACGGUGACACAGCAACAACAAAUACAAUCAGUCAAUCACUCGUGGAAAUUCUAAGUGAACCUAUUGAUCUUUCUGAUUUCUCACUGUGUAAAGCUUUUAAUGGCAGCCACUCAGGAACCAUACCAGAAUGUAAUGAUUCUGACUCUGGUAUCUCAUUGAAUGCAAGUUCUAGUGUAGCAUCGCCUGAACACUCUGUUGAAUCAUCUGCCUAUGGAGAUAAGACUUUUGGUUGUAGCGAUUCUGAAAUGGAAGACAUGGAUAGUGCUCCUGGAAGUGUGCCGCAGAGCAAUGCUAGUGUGCACUCAUUGCAAUUCCAGGAUCAGGCGUUUUCUUCGUUGGUGCCAAGCACUCAAACACCCAGUUUGCAGCAUACAAACACACCAAAGAAAGAUCCCCCUGCUGGUCCAGGCCACCCCAAAGCUCCGUUCAUGAAAGAUAAACCUUCAAGCCGCCUUGAAGCUCAUCUCACAAGAGAUGAGGAAAGAGCAAAAGCUCUGCAGAUCCCUUUUCCCGUUGAAGAAAUCAUCAGUCUCCCUGCUGACGACUUCAAUAAAAUGAUGUCUAAGGAGCAGUUCAGUGAAGACCAGCUUGCGCUUAUUAGAGAUAUUCGCAGGAGAGGCAAGAAUAAAGUGGCUGCUCAAAACUGCCGUAAAAGAAAACUGGAAAAUAUAGUGCAACUGGAGCAAGAUUUGGGUAACCUAAAAGAUGAAAAAGAGAAAUUGCUGAAGGAAAAAGGAGAGCAUGACAAAAGCCUUCGUCAAAUAAAAAAGCAAUUGACCACCUUAUAUCUUGAGGUCUUCAGCAUGCUACGUGAUGAAGAUGGAAAGUGUUACUCUCCUAGUGAAUAUUCACUUCAGCAAACUAGAGAUGGCAAUGUCUUUCUUGUUCCUAAGAGCAAGAAGUCAGAGACUAAACUUUGAAGGGCAGCACAGCUGGCUACUGUUCUCCAAGUUACUAUUUUUGUAUCGUUAUCCUAAUAGUUUUUACUGUGAGAUGGAAUGCAGAAUUCGGUGAUAUUUUUCAAGUAAUUCUAUGCAAUGAUAAUUUUAAAGUUAAUAAUUAGUUCAUGGAAGGUGCAAGUUUGAAACUAAUAGUGUAAUGCAGAUGGAUUAUGCAAGAUUUGUAAUCUCGCUUUUAUAACAGACAUUUCCUUCUGAUAGUACCACUUUUGACUAGUUUCCAUAUACAUGUAAAUAUUUAAAGAUACCAUAUUUAUAUACUGUUCCUAUCUCUUGUUAUAUUCAUAGAUCUAUUUGAUACAUAUAUAAAAAAGUGAUUUUAGCCUUCUAAAUACAAUUUCUUGCAAGACAAACAAUAUGGCCUCUGAUACUUUUUUAUAAAUAUGCAGUCGUGUUUGUUCUCCAUUUUUCUUACACAUUUAUACUUGCUUUAUAUAUGAUUUUAAUUUAGUAUGAAAGUUGAUAUUUAGUGUUUGAUUUCAAUUUAUCAGUUCAUUAAACUUUUUUUUUAACUCUACUUCAUACACAUGUAUUUCCCUAAAGGGAAAUCCUCAUUAGUUUUCCCAGGCUAAGUCUUCAUGUAACAAAUAAGCUUAAUAAUCAGAGUUGUAUCAUACAGCAUUGUAAGCAUUACUCAUUUCAUUCAGCAUAAUUUUAACUCCCACGUGGAAGGACUGUGUAACAUUAAGUUACAUUUCAAAUUUAUGCUUAACUUCAUGUAAUUUUUGUUUUGCUCUUUGAACACUACUCAAAUUCCUGAUGAGAUCUUUCCUCCCAAAACAUUUAAAAUCUGUUUAAUCAUUGUCAGCAUUAUGCAUUUUUCCAACUAAAUAUUCUGUAUACUUUUGAGUAACAGUUCUAGAAAUACACUAUGAUCUCUGACUCCGAUCAGCAAGCGUCGUCUGUCGCUGCAAUUACUUUGGACAAAGGCGUAAUAACUGCCAACCAACUGCACUAUUUGGAACCUGUGCUCAACUGCUUGAAAAGCAUUGUGGAGUUUAAGUUCUGAUUUAUAAGAGAAUAAAAAUUGGGCAAAUUAAUAGCAUUGUUUUGUUUACUUUUCAAAUGGACUUGUACUUAUAAACUGUGGAUUUCUUGAAUACAGAAAAUGCAUAAUUUGUAAUUUGAAAUACACAGAUUCAUGGGAGCAUUAAAAACCCCCUAUCGUCUUCCUUCAUCUUCCCUAUGAAACUUGUAAUAGAGCACUGCUGGCAGAAAAACAUUUCUGCUUAAACGCAGCUUUAUCAUUUUAAGGAAUAAUUUGUCUAUUACAAUAUUCAUGCAUAAUUUCAUUUAGUAUAAUAAACACCGAGCUGUUUUGCAAGACCUGGUACAUUUUUUCAGAAAAGAAGGAACUAGAGAUACUGAAAAAGGGUAGCGUGGGGCCCACAAACAUUGUUUAGUAAUGUUGUAGAAGAAGGGGUUUAAAGAGGGACCUGAGCUGAGGCAGCCAGCCGUUCCUCACAAUUGGCUCAUUUCUCACAAAGUUAGUCAGGCUAAAUAAAAAGAUACAGUUCUUGGUGAAUUCAGCCUUGAGGUUUAUAUUUCCAAACCUCUUUAACUGUGCUGGAGGUGCCUGCCCAGCAGAAAGCCUCCACUCCCAUGGGUGGCCAUGAAAGCCAAAAGAACAAUUUUAGAUUAUUAUAAUCCCAGUUUAUACCACUCUUUAUUGCCUUUCUCAGUGUUCUCAGUAAACAGCAGUGCCAAGAGGAAGGGCACGGGCAAGACAGAAAGCCAGAGUUCUCAUGAACGUUAGUCUGUCCAGGAUGCUGUGGAAGGUCUCCUGUUCUCAAGUGUUGUUUGCUGUUUUCAUAGGAUUCUGGUGACCCCAUGCCCUCUCACCUGAAGGUUGAGGAACCCACUCUUGCAUCUGUACCAAUUUUGGUUUUCACUCUGUGUGCAGAAUUUCAGAUGCUCUUUCAUUGUCCAGUUUGUCGCAGCAGAGGCAGCAAAACUUCACAAUCAGAUUUUAGUUUUCUUACCCAAAUCAUUUAUUUCUAAUCUGUCACUUUGUAAUUCAUCUUCCUGUUAACAAAUUUACUGAUUCUGAGUAGCAGAGACCUCUAGCGCCCAGUGCACACCUCCCCUCUCUCUCUCUCUCUAUUGCCCUUCACCUGCACUGCAGCCUCAGAGCAGCAGCAGCUUCACCGAGGUAUUUUUUCUCCAGGGCAGUGUAAUGCCAAUAACCACGAUCCUGUUGCCCAUAUCAUCUUCAAAAGGCAAAGGCAAUGGCCAGAAAGACUUCAGUACCUGAACCUGGGACUUGCAGCAGCCUUGCCUGCCUUAAGAGAAAAGCAAGUUUCUCAUGCUGUGUUACUUGCUGCAAACUUCCAAGUGAGGUCCUGCCCCACAACCAGCCAAAUGCAGUAGGAACCCUGCCCUUAUAUCAAGUCAUAAUGUUUGUGUUUUUUAGAAGACCUUGGGAAUUGUAAAUCCAGGUGACCCAACUUGCACUUCGAGGCUGCUUACCUUGUUUAUACUGAGCUCCUUCCUUGCUAACGGCGCGUCAGCCCACCCUGCUGCACUGCCCUUGGCACACGCGGAGUGUAACAACGCUUUUUUUGGAGUAAGUCAGUCAAUACCUAUGGCAGGAAACCUAGAAGCUGGAUUGGAUGAAGAAGUUUAUUUGCUCUAGCAAGGGCAGGCACGCGCCAGCUGAACUAAACCAAAGGUACUGCGGCAGCAAGGGGAAUUUUUCUUGCUAUUAUUCCCAUAGGCCUUUACUGACUUCACUACCUGCACCGCCUAGGGAGGAAAACACCCCACACCACCACCCAGACCGGGAAAAACACUAGAGGAAUGGGAGACUUUGCUGUCAUUUAAAGCAAGAGGAUCUGAUCCAUAUGUAAGGAUACCAAUUUUAGAGGACAAGCACUAAGGAGGAAGCUAUGGCCCUGGACACUUUCCACACUGACACAGAGUAGCUCUCAUACUACUAAAAGCACAGAGAACCUUAAGGGGAAGAGCCCUGAGUUCCCGCCCAUCGUUAAUUAGGCCAUUGAUCAAAUGUCUCUGGCUUAGAGAGUAUGGGCUGGCUCUAGCUGUGAUAUAAAUACUUUAAUCACAAGUUGGCUGUAAAACAUCACAGUAAACCCCUGCCCUCUCCUUCAGUUUUGUCCUUAUUUUAGCUCUAACACAAAAGCCCAAAGCAAACUGCAUUCUCAGAGCAGCCCCUGCAAAGGCUGUAUUUGUACCACCCACACGUCUAAAACCCAACACAGGGACACGAUUCCAUUACCAAGAUAAAAGCAGCAGCAACCACAAACCUGCAGGUAACACAGAAGCCUUGUUUGAAUUCCACCAGGUGAAGGAAUAGGCUGAACCAACUCCGGCCACGACAAUUUGCAUUCAGUUUAACGUUUUUCCCAUAACGAACACAGUGAAUGUUGCACUUGCAUCAAAACACCCAAUGCCGUUAAGGAAAAAGAUACUCCACAUCAGAUUAUUCUGGUAUUUGUGAAAACAGCAGAUUGCAAAUUAUACCCUUCAUUUUAUUGUCAUUACUGAGGUACAGAGCAUCUCCCCAAACCUGAGAAUGACUGGUGACAUUGUCUGGUGCAUCACAAUGCUGACCACGUACACUUGCGACAAGACUCCAGGUGGAGAUAAUUUAUUUCUUGAUCAAAACAUUCAGUUUUAAAACUACUAAAAGUAAAGCUGAUAAGCUGGGCUGCACCAAGGCUUUUCUGACUUGCAGUCUCACAUUGGACAGAUAAUCCUGUAAUCAUGUAUUGCAAUAAAUUGAAACCACUUUGUGUUCCUCACAGCACUUAAAGAAAAAAAAAGUGAUCGCAACGCAUUUUAGAUUGUAAGUAAUUUGACAAAAUACACUUUAUUCUGAUACAAAAUCAAAAUGUUUCAACAAAUUUCAAUCCAAUAUGGACUAUACUGAAAUUUUUAAUUUCCAUGCUAUUUAUAAACUCAUUUAACCACAAGUUCUAAGACUGCUGCACAGCAGCACCAUCGCUCUCAAAGUCUUUGCCAUUUAUUUUAAAAUAUUAUUCUGUUUCCAGUCUUGCGAUAUUAUCUUCUACAUGAAGACCAUUUUUCUUCUACGGAGAUACUUGGAUUACUUUUGUUCAGGAAAAAGCUAAUCUUAGACAGAGAUGUCAACCUGUAGCACCCACAGCAGAAAAAGAAUCAUCCAUCAGAUAUCUGAAUGUGAUACUCAAGAUGUUUCAUGCUUCACACAAUUUAAGACACAAAUGCUUGUCAGAGACCACAGACUGCGAUUUAAGUGCACAUUCCACUGCAGUGUUAGACAAUACAUGAAACCAUGUUAAUGUCUUAAACACAGGAACCGAAGACAGCAAGUCAGUACAUCACAGUCAAUGCCCGAAACACCAGCAUUCCACUUCCCACCUUUACUGUUUAAAGGAUGUCAACUUUAAGGUGCUGUGUUUCAUUUAAAGCGUUUUGUCUACAGAACACUAUCACUUCUGCAUUGAGUUGGGCCCCUUUUGCAGAAAUACAUUUUUACCACCUGAAAGUACCACUUGCUUUGAGAUGAACACACGGGUUUGGGCAUCAAAUAAACUUCUAUAGAAUCGCAGCUCAGGGACCAAUGCUUGGUUAAACAUUGCAUUUCCACCUCCCAUUUGCAGCUGCUGUUUUCAAUAGCAGCCACUACAGAAAAGAAACUAGCCAUGAAACAGCAUUCUUAACUCUUGGAAGUGCCUCUUGGACAAAGAUAAACAAAUCCUUAGGAGUACUCAGUCAAGUGUAUCUUUUUCAAGUUUUAUUUCUGAGGAAAUUGGGAUACAACAAACCAAAAAACCCCAAUUUGCUUAAAAAAGUGUUACAAAUCCAUGUGUGAAAAUAAUUCUAACAGUGACUAUCUAGUUCUAAACAUGAUGCAAAAAGACUCCUCCAGAGCAGAGAAAAGGCCUGCAGAAAUGUAGAAUCCUGUUACAAAAAGGUAGAGCUUUGCCCUAUCCACAGACCUAGACAAGAGAUGCAAACUAGUACGUUUUUGUUAAAGAUCUUACUGUUAAAAAAAAGUAACAUUCCCUCUCCCCUCCAGUACAAAAGCAGCUGCCCUCAACUGAGCAAGGGCAAGACAGGCUACUGAUUUUCCCUGUUACCUGGUGCUACGUGCAGAUGCCCGGGUGAGCUCACAAGAGCAAUUCUGCCUAGCAGAGGAAAAGCAAAGGUUUUUCAGCCCCAGGUGUAAGAGAGCAAGCCUGUCCCCUCAUCAACCGCCUGGCAGCUCUGCGAAGGCGAGGCUGUGACCUCACUGUAGCAGAUUCAAAUUUUGGCUCAGCCUCGGCUAACCAAAUACACAUUUGUCAAUGUUUUCAGAAUACAUACAGUCAUGGUGAGAUUUCCAUUAAGUAUCUCACAACUGCAUGAAAAUCUCAACAUUACUUCCUAGUCAGCUUUUAAUUGUACCUUGCAAUGGCAAAGAAUUUCCUUUCUGGAUGUUUGCAGACAGCAAAUAACAAGUUUAAACGCUGCAAUUGGUCUGCGAAGGUGCCUAAGCCCCAGGUGAUGCUGAAAGGCACAGGUUCCAUUUGACUUUAUUUUCUGAGUAACCGAAGCAUAACCAACACCAAAAUGGAAACUUCACA